UUCUCAUAUGCUCCAAUUUGUUAGAAGAAAUCGCUCAUGCCUCCGGUCUACUCUCAUUCGACAUGCAGAUCGCAAGGAGCACCGCCCCGCCCCUCCAAGGCAGCCUUCACCGGUCAUGGCUGUGAAAUGCGGAUAUGGUUGGAGGAGACAGCAGCCACCGCCACCCAUUAUGUCUGGAAAAGACGCUGCUAGGGCGAUGCAGAAGAGCACAGCUCUUUUAUCCCGCUCCCACCCUGCCACCUUCUGAGACUAUGGCUCAUACCUAUGGAGCUUUAAACCUUUAUUUCCCCACUGUUAAAAACUCUUAAACCCUUGAAUCUCAAUUCCUGAGGUCAUCUUUGGACCCGAUAUACUGCGGUUAGCCGCUGAUCAUGGCGAGCGAGGCUGGUGGGUCCGCUGCCAUUGCUCUGCUGUCUCUUCUCUCAAUCGAUUCUACCGCCUCGUCUGUCUCGACAUCCACAGCGCGACUUGCUCAUCCCUUCUCUUUGGCCAGAAAGCGAGACAAAGUUCCUUCAAUUGCCGCCGCCACAGGUACUCCACGUUCUUCGGAAGAAAAGUCACCCAACCCGGUUGAGCCUUUCCAACGUCGUUACAAGCCAAUUUUCCUGGGUAUACCUUUGCACUCGCACCAUGGAGAAUACAGAAAGUCUGCCACAUCCUCGCGUCCGCGAAGUCUUGGAAAAGAUGAUGAGGAGCAAGUGGUUUCUACUCAGGCGCCUCGUACUUUCCGCCCUCCCGAUCUGGGAGCAUUCCACGGCAUCAAAGGUGACAAACCAACGAUUGAGUCUCCAAGCUCGAACCCCGGCGACUUGAUGAUAUGCUUGAAUGCACCAGGGACGGAUCGAUCCUCCUUAGCGGUCCUACAGCUCAAGGGGUUCGAGAACGAUGCCGCACUGUUCGAGGCUCUACGAUACUUGUACAAACGUAACAGAGGCUGGACUACGUCGCUCAUAACAGUUAAAGGCAUUCACUAUGUGCAGUUUGAGAAGAGACAAAGCGGUAUCAAGGUAUCGAAAGACCCGGAUAUUCCUCCCGCCGACCGCACAGACUAUGAAUAUCACCCACGGCCAGCGAUGUUCACGCCGCCUCUGCCUUCACAGUUACUCACACACUAUUUCCGUCAUACACACGCCAACACAUCCCAAAACCUUAUUUUCCGUACUCUACCGAAGUUGGUCGACUCUACCCAGUCCAGCGAGCUAUUCUGGGGAUCUAGACUUGAGAGUCUUGCAGAUCAUGUGAACCGUAUGGAUCAAUCGAGUAGAGGAUGGGGCAUCGCUUUCGUUGAAGGAUUCAACUGGCCAAGGAUCCUUCUAAUAGCAACCGGUUACGUGACCUUGAACCUCGGAGUGUUAUUGAUGCUCGGUCCGUCCGUGGAACUACUCGCAUGGCUGUUUCUGUCCCUCUCCGCCUUGUCAAUCGCGACCACAUUUGGCUACUACAAAUACAUGGCGGCGAUGAAAGAUCCCGUUCGGAUCCGCCCUGUUCUAGUGGCCUACGGGAUGAAGAGCCACUCCUCAGCAGCCAAUCACACCGCUUUCGAUUCCUACCUCCGGGUCAUUGUCCCGAUAGUAAGGAGGACUCAUACGGGCUGGCGCACGUUCCUCUCUUUUAUCAUACCCUGGUUGAAAGAAGAACCGUCUUCCGUCGUGUCGCCAGUAGAUGGGGUCAACUCCGACUCGUCGGAUCAAGGCCAAUUCGCACGCAUACAGCGCUGGUUUAGCCCUCGAAGUAGCGCCGUCAAUGACCCGAUAACACAUUCGUAUCAAGACAAUUAUGCCCCCAACGUCGAAGCCGGCAUUCCCCUUGGGCAGCGUGCCAAUCGGGGUGGAGUUGAACGUGAAAAUGAUUCCUCCGGGGAUGCUUCGGGCGGAGAUGGCGACAGAGACGGAGGUGACGGGGAUGAUGAUCACACCUCCCAUGGUGAAGGCAACGACAGGAACGGCGAAGGUGACGAGGGGAACAGUGAAGAUGAUGGCGGAGAUGACCAUCACGAUGAUGAUUUUGACCUCGAAGCGGCAGAUCUAUAUCUGCACGUUAUUCUGCCGGACGGCUUCGCUGCCAAGAAGCAAGUUCCCGUCAGGGUAACGCACCUGUCGACCGACUACCACUUGUUCAUCGAACUGAACCGUAUCUACCGCCAACAUCGAGGCCCCUGGAGAGCGCUUUUCAUGGUGAGAGCACUACGCCCUACCAAGUACGAACUAUUCAACAGGACCAACGUUCGCACCUUUUACGACCCCAAAGACCUUCCGUCUACGAUGCCCGACAUCUGCAACCGUCCUCGGGAGUACACCUUCAGCUACCAGCCCGCAUCUCCCGUUCCGGAUCCACCGCUUCUACAUGAAGACCAACUGACCCGCACGUAUCAUAACCCUGCGUGCUCUAUACAUGCCGGCGAGGAGGGCCCAAUAUACGACCAGCAAUGCUACGACCGAUCUCCGAAGCGCAAGGGUAAGCUGACGUACACGCCAAACAGCGGCUUUCCAAAGGGCUAUGCACUCGAAUUUCGAGAAUGCUUCGACAUCAAAUUUAUCUUGACGUGCGAGCUAUUCAUUGCAUUUGUCGCAUUUGUUCUAGCGGCGCUGUAUUUCGGGCUUGCUAAGGAAAAGCAAAAGACUUCGACUGCAAUUAGCAUUGUUGCUGUCGUGUUCCUUAUUGGACAGUUUCUGUAUGGUGUCGUUCUUGCGCUUGGGGAGAAGUUUGAGGCGUGGCGAUUUUAGGUAGAGUCGGUGGUUCCUCAGUGGUCUACAUUAUAGUGUUUAAGAGCUGACUUGAAGCAUUUCGCACAUUAUAGCAUGGGGUGUGGGAAGCUAGACCUAGACUGCUUCAAGUAGUAGUAUGAAAAUCAUUCAAAU